AUGUCUGAGUUAAACACCCAAACAACAAAAACAACUGAAGAACGAGCGAAAGAAAUUUCUGAUUUAAUUAGAAGGAAUAAAGAAUGGGCCGAAGGUAAAGAGCAACUCGUCGAUAAGGGAAAGAGACUUGAAGAAGAAAAUACCAAACUUCAUGAAGAGGUCGCCGCCCAAACAGAAAAAAUUGGGAAGUUGGAGAACCAACUUUUAACAUAUGAAAAGAACACACAAGAAGCCAAAGAAGUCUCUGAAGCACUCAAAAAACUCCAAACAGAGUUUGAAAGGAAAACAUCAGAAGAUGAAACUUUGAAGCAGGAAAAGGAACAACUGAACGCGGAACUGAAAGAAGUCAAAACAGACAAUUCACUUUUUAAGGAAAAGAAUGAAGUACUCGAGAAACAAAUAGCUGAGAACACUACGGAACUCCAGAAGCAACGGGAAAAAAACAAAAAGGCAAAUGAAACUAUCGAAAAACUGUUAAAGGAAACGACCGAACAAAGCUCUAAAUAUGCCUUUCUAAUGAAAGAAAAGUGCCAACUUACUAUUUCGCUCGAACAGAUGAAAACUCAAAUGUCUCAACUAGUUGGAGAUAAACAAAAAUUGGAGGAAAAAAUGACAACAAAAGAUGCGGAAAUGCAGAAAAUGCAAGACGCAGUGAUUUCGGCGUCAAAGAACAUCGAAAAGCUCCAAACAACAAUUUUGGAGAAAACUCAGAAGAUCAAAAAUUUGGAAAACAUCAUCGAACAACAAAAAGUGUAUGAAGGCCAAAUCAAUGAACUGAAACAAGAAAAUAAAGAAAAACAAAUGCAGAUUGAAACGAUAAACACAAAAUUGGCUGAACUUCAUACCAAAUUGGAGAGUGAAAAGACGAAGAGUCUUGAAGUUGUUAAAAAGAUUGAAACUCUUCAAGUGGAAAAUGCGAAAUACGUCAAUGAGAAGAAAAAUGAUGAAAUUGAAAUGACUCGUCUUCAACAAGAAGUGCAAAAGAACGAAGUGGAAAGAAUUAAAAAGACAGAGGACAAUACAAAAAUUGUCGAGAAGUUGGAGAAGAAAGUUUUUGAAUUGACAGAAGAACAAAAACGGGCGCAGAGUC